GUUUCGAAAAAUCUAACUUAUAAGAACUAACGCAUUUUCGUUCGAUUAUUGUGCUAGAAAUGCUUCAUAGAACAUGCAGCAUAUUUUCCAGACAGUUCAAAAAGGGUAUACAUUGGAAAAUAUAACACACUACUAGAUCGGUGAUAUCGAUGUUCUACGACUCAAGUCAUCAGACAAAGGCAUGCCUUUAGCUGGAAUACCGGAUGUCGCGCCCAUAGUUCAACUACUAGUUGAACCACUAUAUAACAGUAGACCAAAGCCAUUUGAGGCCAAGUAUGAUUUCGAAACUAGCUUUCAACUGUCCAACAGUAACGCUUUCCAAUGGGAAAAAGAUGCCAAUACUUGGAAUAGGCACAUCACCCUUUGGUGGAUACUCUGACGAGGCAUUUGUCUACGCGCUCCGAGAAUGCGGGAUACGCCACCUUGACGCGUCAAAGUACAGCGGUAUCGAGGAGCAGCUCGCCGUCGCCAUCCAAGAAAGUUGCGUGCCAAGAAGUGAGCUUUGGAUCACCAACAAACUGUGGCCCUUGGACUACGGCUAUGAUUCGGCCAUGGAAGCCUGUCUCGCAUCAUGUACUCGAAUGGGAAUAGACUAUUUCGACAUGUACAUGUUGCAUUGGCCGGACAGCAUGCAGCCAGGCCGUUCCAACAGGGAACUGCGAGCAGAGAGCUGGAGAGCCCUGGAGGAACUAGAGAAACUAGGGCGGUGCCGUUCCAUUGGAGUGAGCAACUUUAUGAUCCAUCACCUGCAACAGUUAAAGGAAGACUGCGGUGCAGUGCCACACGCCAACCAGGUGGAGUACCACGUGUACCAACAGCCCAGGCAGCUGGUGGAGUACUGCCAUGAGGAGGGCAUUGUGUUUCAGGGGUACAGCCCCCUGGCCAAGGGGCAAGCUCUGGGGGACCCAACGGUCCUCAAACUGGCAGAGAAGUACGGACGCACGCCUGCCCAGAUCUGCAUCCGCUGGAACAUACAGAACGAGGUUGUCACAACACCCAAAUCUACCAAAAUUGAAAGAGUACGAGAAAACUGUGACGUGUUUGGGUUUCAGCUCGAGGACGCGGACAUGGAAGAACUGACCCAGUUGCAUGAUGGGAGACACGUGUGCUGGGAUCCGACCAAUGUGGAAUGAAACAUGGUUGCAGCGUUUCAACCAACUGCAGAACUACAUACCACCUGCUCUCCUGUUGCACAUUCAGUAAUCAGUAUGCACAUGUUCAACCAGCCAUCUCCACACAUACAUGGCAACAUGGAACACCUAUCCAUGUGUCUUUUUCAACCAACCUUUACAAUAAACCAGUCUUCCAACACCACCA